CAAGAAAUGGGUUCGAAAAACUGGGUAUUGCUAGGCCGGUUAAAGACGGCGGUGAAGAAAAUCAAAUUCCUCUUAAACCAGAACGCUAAUCGCUGGCGAAUCGCGUCUUAUUUCAUGAACAGCAGCAGGGGAAAAUCAAGUAACCGCCGCCUCAGCUUCAACGAAUGGCCGCGGGGGCUUCUAUCUUUCACGGAGGAAUCUGAAAGUGGGUAUCAAUCGUCAUCGCCGCCGGCGGCGGCGGUGGCGGGGGGCGUUUUGUCGAGAACCAUAAGCGGAGUGUCCUCCGGCGGCGGUGGGACUCAGUCGGAAGAUGAUAUUGAUAAGAAAGCUGAUUUGUUCAUUGCUAAUUUCUAUCGACAGUUAAGAAUUGAAAGACAGAUUUCAUUGGAGCUUCAAUAUUGCAGAGGAAAUAAUAGCUUCAAUUCUCUUUCUCCUUAAUCAAUGAAGAAGAAGAAUUGAAGGGUCACAAUGAAAUCUUAUGAGAAUCAGAAUUAUUUUUUUUUAUUUCUAUUCUUUGAAUCAUUGUGUGUAAGAAUCAUCAUUUGUUUGUUUUU